UCAGGAAUUUUACUAAAUUAGUGCUUGGAUCUGUUGAAACAAUUCAUCAGAUUAUCCAAUGGAUAUCCGACUAUUUUAAUCCGGUGGAUAUUUAUCCAUUAUCCGUUGGAUCAUCCGAACAUAAUAAUCGUAAUAAUAGAUUUAAUCCAACUUUUACUUCAUUAUCUUGUAAAAUUAUACCUAAUAAAUAUAUGUAUAAACAUAACCUUAAAUUGCUUACCGUUAAUGGAAAUCGUCCUGAAGAACAAAGAAAAA